CAUUAACAUGACCAAGCAUUCAGCAAGCCGUUCUUUCAGCUCUCUUACUGCAGGAAGGCACUCCGAAGGCAUAAGUCCGUGAGACAUGGCUGAGGAUAAAAGCAGGAGAGACUCCAUCCGGAUGAGUAUGAAGGGAUGCCAGGAAAACAACGGUUUUGUCGAUAAUGAAGACAUUCUGGAGCAGGCCCCGAAUCCAGGCAGCUCAGCAGACAACCUGCAGCACAGCACCACGAGCAUCCUUGCCUCCCUGGACUUCAAGGGCGUCCAGCCUUACGCGGGGAUGCCCAAGGAGGUGCUGUUCCAGUUUUCUGGCCAGGCCCGCUACCGGGUACCCCGGGAGAUUCUCUUCUGGCUCACUGUGGCUUCUGUGCUGGUGCUCAUCGCGUCCACCAUAGCCAUCAUCGCCCUCUCUCCAAAGUGCCUAGACUGGUGGCAGGAGGGGCCCAUGUACCAGAUCUACCCGAGGUCUUUCAAGGACAGUGACAAGGAUGGAAACGGAGAUCUGAAAGGUAUUCAAGAUAAACUGGAUUACAUCACAGCUUUAAAUGUAAAAACUGUUUGGAUUACUUCAUUUUAUAAAUCAUCCCUUAAAGAUUUUAGAUAUGGUGUUGAAGAUUUCCGGGAAAUUGAUCCCAUUUUUGGAACAAUGAACGAUUUUGAGAAUCUGGUUGCAGCCAUACAUGAUAAAGGCUUAAAAUUAAUCAUCGAUUUCAUACCAAACCACACCAGUGAUAAACAUACUUGGUUUCAAUUGAGUCGGACACGAAUGGGAAAAUAUAGUGAUUAUUAUAUCUGGCAUGACUGUACCCAUGAAAAUGGCACAACCAUUCCACCCAACAACUGGUUAAGUGUAUAUGGAAACUCCAGCUGGCACUUUGAUGAAGUGCGAAACCAAUGUUAUUUUCACCAGUUUAUGAAAGAGCAACCUGAUUUAAAUUUCCGCAAUCCUGACGUUCAAGAAGAAAUAAAAGAAAUUAUACGGUUCUGGCUCACAAAGGGUGUCGAUGGUUUUAGUUUUGACGCUGUUAAAUUUCUCCUAGAAGCAAAGCAUCUGAGAGAUGAGAUCCAAGUAAAUAAGACCCAAAUCCCGGACACGGUCACACACUACUCGGAGCUGUACCAUGACUUCACCACCACGCAGGUGGGAAUGCACGACAUCGUCCGCAGCUUCCGGCAGACCAUGGACCAGUUUAGCAGGGAGCCCGGCAGAUACCGGUUCAUGGGGACUGAAGCUUAUGCAGAGAGCAUUGACAGGACCAUCAUGUUCUAUGGAAUGCCAUUUAUCCAAGAAGCCGACUUUCCCUUCAACAAUUACCUCACCAUGCUAGACACUCUUUCUGGGAACAGCGUGUAUGAGGUUAUCACAUCCUGGAUGGAAAACAUGCCAGAAGGAAAAUGGCCUAAUUGGAUGAUUGGUGGACCAGACAGUUCCAGGCUAACUUCUCGUUUGGGGAAUGAGUAUGUCAACAUGAUGAACAUGCUUCUUUUCACACUCCCUGGAACUCCUAUAACUUACUAUGGAGAGGAAAUUGGAAUGGGAAAUAUUGUAGCCACAAAUCUCAAUGAAAGCUACGAUACUAAUACCCUACUCUCAAAGUCACCAAUGCAGUGGGACAAUAGUUCAAAUGCUGGUUUUUCUGAAGCUAGUCACACCUGGAUACCUGCCAAUUCAGAUUACCACACUGUGAAUGUUGAUGUCCAAAUGACUCAGCCCAGAUCGGCUUUGAAGUUAUAUCAAGAUUUAAGUCAACUUCAUGCCAAUGAGCUACUCCUCAGCAGGGGCUGGUUUUGCCAUUUGAGGAAUGACAGCCACUAUGUUGUGUAUACAAGAGAGCUGGAUGGCAUAGACAGAAUCUUUAUCGUCAUUUUGAAUUUUGGAGAAUCGACACUGCUAAAUCUACAGAAUAUGAUUUCAGGCCUUCCCACUAGAGUGAGAAUAAGGUUAAGUACCAAUUCUACCAACAAAGGCAGUGAAGUUGAUACCAGUGGCAUUUUUCUGGACAAGGGAGAUGGACUCAUCCUUGAACACAACACGAACAAUCUCCUUCAUCACCAAACAGCUUUCAGAGAUAGAUGCUUUGUUUCCAAUCGAGCAUGCUAUUCCAGUGUACUGAACAUACUGUAUACCUCGUGUUAGGCACCUUUAUGAAGAGAUGAAGACACUGGCAUUUCAUUGGGAUUGUAAGCAUUUGUAGUAGCUUCAUGUACAGCAUGCUGCUUGGUGAACAAUCAUUCAUUCUUAGAUAUUUCUGUAGCUUGAACGUAACUGCUUUAAGAAGGGUUCUCAAAUAUUUUGAAAAAAUAAAAUGUUUAAAAGUAAAUUAUCACUUA